GACACAUUCUCAAAAUGGAUGCAAUCAUAAAAAUGAUAACUGUUGCCAUUUAUUUCCAUACUAGACUAUGCAAUUCAAUGAGUACAGUUUCAUUUAGCUGCAAUUUAUUAAUCCGUACAUUUAUUCCAGAAGGAUCCAUGUAAGGCCAAAUGUAAGAGGAAGAACAUUGACUCAGUGCGGUGGAGAAAGAGGGACCAGUUGGGACGGUUGACUAUUGAGAAUUGACUAUUGAGAACUCCCUCAAGAGAUAGUAUGUGUUAUGUCAAUUAUAAGCGGCAUUCCUCUAAAUUGUCAUGAAUUUUUUGACAUUCUCUAAAGUUUUCAUAUGAUUGUCUAGUCACAUCUGAAUGUCGAAUGAGGUCGACACGACCUCAAUAUGAAGAUUCAUCAGAAGGUGUUGCUGAUACAACAGAUGGCACUUCACCUCGACGGUUUGAGGAGACACUUCAAUUGAUUGACAAAAAUAUUCAAGAACUCAAGGAGAGCUUAGACAGCCCAGACAUUUAUCCAUCAGAAACUUACAGCAUACGGACCUGGGGUUUGCGGCAUGAACUAUGUGAAGAAAAGUGGCAAAAAUCAAGAGCACAUCUUUUACAAGCCAUGUUAACAAGCGGAAGGACACCUCAACAAGCUUGCCAACAGUGUCAUGUGGAAGAGGCUGUUAUUCGAUGCAGAGACUGCCUCCCCAAAGAACUGUAUUGCAGUAACUGUGAUGUGUCAGUGCAUCACUAGUAUGUUCUACACAACAGGGAGUCAUUUGUGGGAGGCUUUUACAAAGCCAUGGCACCGAAAUGCAUCGUUACAAAACACAGCACCGGUGAACAUGUAGUUAGUGAGCAAGAUUGUCUCCUACCGAUUGCUUUGCCCAACAAGAUUUGCUGUUGUGGUGCUGAGGAUGUUUCAGUGAAUGCUGGUCGUGCCAUUAUUUUCAUAAAUAUUAAUGGUCGCUAUGAUCUCUACCUUCCUUUGGUAACCUGUAAGUCUUGCCUAAAAUCGGGGACACCUGAGGUCAAAGACCUUAUAUUAAAUGGGUACUGGCCUGGAACCAUUGAGUUUCAAACAGUUUACACUGUCGACCUGUUCAGUACCUUUGAAGACUUUAAAGUUACCGCACCUGGCCUAUCCAGACAGGCCUUUGUGAGAAUGCUGCAAAGCCGCUCAAUGCGUUCUGGCAGAGUUGGUACAAUAUCAGUGGACUGUUUUCAGCGCAGUUUUCUGGAAUGGACGUACUGUAGACAUGAGACACAUGUAGACAUGAAACACUUCUUGGAGAUGACCAUUUCUCCUGCCCAGCUUGCAGUCAGGAUAUGCUGGCAGUGUCACUUGACGGGAACAGGAAAAAGCUUAAGAUUAAGAUUAAAGCUGGUAGUGAGUCUAACAAGAAGUCUCAAUCCAAACUUGAUGAAGAGGGUGUGA